AUGGCCAAAGAUAACGCUGAUUCUGAUUAUGGAUAUUGCCUGGAGGAGAUAUUUUCUUCUCUCUCAAUGGAAGAUGAGAUUAGUCCUGUGGAAGAAUGCAAGGAUGAUAUCGGAAUAUGUCAGACAUGUAGCAAACGGCCUGCAUUACCCAACAACCCGAAACGCUUAAAAAAAAGUUCCUGUAAAUGCAAGAAACAAUUGGCUUUUAAUAUUGAAUCUGAAUUGCCUGAAAAUUCUCCGGAGUACUCUACAUCUGAAAAUGAUGAAGACAACGAGAAACUGGCUGAACCAUUAGGUCUGGAGGAGUUAAAUAUUGCAUCUUUACCUGAAGGCCACUCUAUUGCUACUACAAGUUCAGAAAAUGAAAUUACUCCAGAAAUUGGUGCAUCUAAAAGGAAGCAUUCAGCAGAUGGAGAAAAUUGGGUUAUUUGUAAGAAGAAAUUAAAAUGUGACUGCAAAAAACAGUUCAAUCAAAAAAGAAUUAAACAAGAAUUGGUGCAUGAUAGCAACUGUAAUUUGAAUAGCUUAGACUCCCAAAGUGGGCCACAGCCCUUGACAACAGAUACAUCAACUGGUGAACAUAAACCUGAAGACGUUGAAGGAAUUUUGAAAUUAAAGAAUGUCUGUGAUGAAUCAGAAGAUACAAGAAUUAGAAAAUCUCGUACUGAAGUGGCCAAGUGCCUGGGAAGCAUGAAGCACAUUAAGAAGGAAAUGCUCCAGUUGUUUGAUCUAGAAUCAAACAGUGCAUCCUUAUCCAAAUUUAAUAAGACCACUGAACUUGAGUGUGAUGAUGACCUGUUGAAUCUAUUACCCGACUGUGGCGAUGCAAUUGGGAAUAAAAAGUGCCACCAUCAUAACAAAGACAGUUUGGCAGUACCUAAGGAGCAAAGCAUGAAGACAAAAUAUAGUGGGUUUGAAUUACAAAUGAUCCAGGAAGAAGAUGAACUAAAAUCUGUGGUAUCUUCCCAGGUGGAAACUGUUAAAAGAAGAGUUCCUUCGUUUCCAAUAAUAAAUAAUUAUUUUAAACACGAAAAAGAAAGGAAACCAAAGGGAGAACCUGAAGAGCAAGAAAUACUUUUGCAGCCUACUUGAAUAUGG